AUGUGUGCUACCGACGACGCCGCCGCCGCCAAUCGUACGAAGGUCGCGGCGCGCUCGCUUCAGCAAACACCUCGCACGGUGCACGAUGCGCCCGGAGGCCGGCGGGCUGUCAUUGCGCUGACGAGCGAGGGGUAUAAGAGCGCGUGCUGGGGACCCAGCGAGGCCAUCGGUAAGUCGUCUGCUCCUGGUCUAAGAAAGUGCGAGAGUACUAACCGUAUCCUACAGAGUGGCACGUCGAGCGAGCGGGCUGUCGUCAACACCCAGCGUCGAGUGAACGACGACCUCGAUGGACGCGACCUGCGUCGAGUUACAGAGAUCGUCGACGUUGCGCACGACGUUGGCCACACGGCCGGACCUGGCAAACACGCGGAUGAGCGUUGCGUCGAUGGCUGUGGAUGGGCGAGGACGUCCCGCGUCGGAGUGUGUACGGUAGCAGAUGGCGACGGACGCGUGGAGCUUUGGGUAGGCGUUGGAAUGCGCAUGGGUAACGUCGAAUGCAGGGGGAUGUACGCCGAGGAUGCACGUUCGGCUGGUGGCGGGAUGUCAUCGCGUACGCAACCAGUGUUGAGGACGGCAGAUACAGAGCCGAACGCGUUCGUGCAUCGCGCGAGGGAGAGCCUGAGAGGGUGCGCGGCGACGCGCGGCGCAGAUGUACUGCUCGCUGAGGAGGGAAUGAGCCUUGGAAGGCCGGCGAGCCAGACGACACGCAGGGCGUAUGCACUACAACUCGUGCUGUUCAACGCGAUGAGCCGGGAGAAGGCGUUGAGAGACGAGGCUCGCGCACAGAACUCGCCUGGGCAGGCCGCACUGAAUGCCGCGUAG